AUGGAUAAUAUUGAUUGGGGCAAUGUGCUUCAGCAAAGCUUCAUAAUGUCAAGCACAAAUUACAACCCUCUCUGCUUCAACAACAACAACGGUUGGGAUGUCGCCGUCAAUGCUGGAUCGGCAGCAAACACCGCCUCAUUCGCAUCCCUCGACUGCCUUGCCAACACCACCGCCACAUCAGCCGAGCAAGACGACGGAAUCUCCCUCAUCUUCUCGGACUGCGAAAACCUCUGGAAUUUCGCGAAACUGAGGAAAACAGCUCCUUCAUUUUCGCGAAAUUCAGAAGAAAUCACUCAAGAUCGCCACGGAUCUUCAGCUAAUGACAAAAAGAGGAAGAGAGAGGCGCCGAUCCGAUCAACGAAUCUCGAUUUCCGGUCGAAAUUUUCCGAUCACAGCGGCGGUUUCCACCUCACAUCGGAAAACCGGCAAAUUUCAAAAAAAUUAGAAAAACCGGUUCCGAUUCCGUCAUCUUCGAACAUCAAUUUCCAGUCGUCGGGCGACGAGCCGGACGCGGAGGCGAUCGCGCAGAUGAAGGAGCUAAUCUACCGCGCGGCGGCGCUGAGGCCGGUGAGCUUCGGCGAGGAGGCGGCGGAGAGGCCGAGGAGGAAGAACGUGCGGGUUUCGAGCGAUCCGCAGACGGUGGCGGCGAGGCAGAGGAGAGAGAGGAUCAGCGAGAGAAUCAGGGUUUUGCAGAAGCUGGUCCCCGGCGGCGGGAAAAUGGACACGGCGUCGAUGCUGGAUGAAGCGGCGAAUUAUCUCAAAUCCCUCAGAUCGCAGGUCAGAGCUCUCGAAGCGUUGGGGAAGAAGAGUUUGAUUGAUCCAACGGUCCAUAAUUUUCCCGCGAAUACGAAGUUUGCAUUUUCGCCGUUGCUAAGCUACUCAUUCGCCAUGCAGCAGCAGCCCCGGUUCGAGCCGUUUUAG